CAAUCCCUGUAGAUAUGCCACUACAUUCAACAAGCACUAAUCUCUGAUUCUGAGCUAUAGCAUGCAGUGUUUCCUGCGCUGUCCACUAAUCAUUUUUUUCUUGUGACUCCGUUCCUGUUGCACAUGCCUCCAGCUCCGAUCUAAUCGCGAUGAAGCGGCUGACGAAAAUUAUUUGUGUGCUUGACAGCCACUGAGCCAGUUGUGAUCCCUAGAGUAGAGUUGUGUGCGUGGUGACUGACCUCCAUUCAUCCGCUGCCUCGCUGUUCCUUGCUGAUAUUACCACGGAUCGGCUGGAUAACUGGACAGAGCGAGCUAGCGAGCUAGCGUGAAGCACUUCACGCCAGCGGUUUCGUCGGUAGCGUCCUCCUUGCUGAGGAAAAUCCUGCCAAUAUCCUAGUCCUGUACCUGUUGCAGUCCGUUUGGUGCUUUGAAAUGAGCGGCAUAUAUAUUUUUGACCUCGAGUUGCACCUGCGCUAGCCCGGUUUGAAUUUCUUCAGCAAUUUCAGACCAGUUCACACAGCUGUAUUCCCUGGGCCGUUGCGCUGUCCUCCUUGACUGAAUGGCCACAGCCCGUACCUCCAGUAUGUCGCUGAGAAAAGAUAGCAAGGGUAUGAAAGAUAAGCCAGGCAAGGAUAAGGGUGGAGCGAAAUCCCCAUCAGCCUCCGCCUCGCUCGAUUCCUCCUCCUCGUUCUUUGCCAAGCACCGCGCGAAACCCCGAUCGAAGAAGGACAGUAGCUCGGUGGACGUUGCUGCGUUUGAUACGAUAUCGUCGGCCACUUUGCCACCGAUGCACACUGGGGACUUCUCACGAAUGACAUCGAGCUCGUCGUGCACUGCCCCUCUGUCCAGCCCAAAGCAGGUGGAAAGGCAGUCAGCAUCUCUGACCAGCCUGGAUAAUGAGUGCUACGCGCCCAGCAUACCAGAGCCUAUCAAGAAAGGGCAUGUGCGAAUUCUCCUGCCCAAAAGGCAACGCACCAUGCUGGUGAUCCGCAAGCCAGACAUGUCUUUAGAAGAAGCGCUAGGUAAGGCAAUGAAGAUUCGCAACUUAUCUCCCGACAACUGCCUGGUGUACCGCUUGGUGCCGGAAAAACGGCCCCUGCAAUGGAAGAGCUGCAUCGCGGACUAUGACGGCGAGGAGAUCUCUGUUGAAGAUAAGAACAACACCACGUUCCAAAACCGCCACCGGUUGGUCCAGAAAGGACAGAUGCAGUUCACCAACUGUUCGUACUGCGGCAAGUUCAUGUGGUCUGGACUGAAGUGUCAAACGUGCCAGUACAAAGUUCACAAGCAAUGCUUGCCCUAUGCCACCAAGUACUGCUACAACGAUGAGGAUGAAAACGGAAGUCUGGAAACACCGAAACUCAGCACUACGGAACUGAUUAACAGAGUUCCAAUGGAUGACUCGUUGCAAGCACUCUUUGCGUACCCAGGAGAUGGUAAUGACGAGCAUGUUACUAUACGCCGCGCCAACAUGGACACCCUUACCAAGGUCUACAACCAGCCGACGGAGACAACGAAGCCGGAGAAGCGCCUGAUCCGAGCUGGCUCCAUGCCCAGCCUGAAGCACGACAACAGCGCCACGGACGAGCUCAUGGCCACGAUCACGCCAUCUUCCGGCACUCCGGAUGUACUGGCCAAAGAUAAUUAUCGAGCAUCGUCACACUUGCAAAGCAAUGCGAAUAAGAGCACUACAUCGGUGGCAUCGACUAAAACGCUCACCAAAGAAACUGAACCAGAGGAUGAUGUAGUGAACACUAUGGAUUUGGUUACUACGCGCCAGACUAUUGCAAAUAUGGGUCUGGCAUCCGAGAAAAUAGAAUCGGAUUGGGAGAUCCAGAUGAGUGAGGUGAAACUCUUUGAUAAGGUCGGUUCCGGCGCAUACGGCUCCGUGUACAAAGCCGAGUACCACGGAGAAUGUGCUGUGAAGAUGCUGAAUGUGAAGACGCCAAGUCCGGAGUUACGUGAAGUGUUCGCCAAUGAGGUCAAGAUCUUAAUGAAAACACGUCACGUUCACGUCCUGCUGUUCAUGGCCUGGAUCUUCGACCCGUUGUGCAUCGUGACGCAGUGGUGCGAAGGCUCCUCGUUGUACUCGGUGCUUCACGUCGAUGGCAAAACGCUCAGCAAUGAGCAGACGCUGACCGUCGCUGACCAAAUCGCGAAAGGCAUGGACUAUUUGCACUCGCGGAAGAUCAUUCACCGUGAUUUGAAGUCGGGCAACGUCCUCCUGGAGCACAAGGCAGACUUUGACUACAACAAGCUCGACAUGGUGGAGCUGAUUAACGUCAAGAUUGCAGACUUUGGCUUGAGUGCCAUGCACAAUGCGCUCAGACCGAGUAGCAUGCCCAACGUAGGACAGCAGCCGCUGGGAAGCCUGCUCUGGAUGUCCCCGGAAGUGAUCAAGAUGAAAGUGAGCGACCCGUACACGGAGAAGAGCGACGUGUAUGCGUUUGGCAUCAUUUGCUAUGAGCUGAUCACGCUGUCCCUGCCUUUCCCUGACCUCCGCAACCGGGAUAUGCUCAUGUGGAUGAUCGGCUCUGGCCAAAGACGCAUUCAACUGGAUCCUAAUGACAAGACGUAUAACAAGGCACCCAAGGCGUUCAAGGCUCUGUUUCAGAGCUGCGUAGAAUUUGACCGUGAUAAUCGUCCUCUAUUCAAAGAGAUUGACCUAACACUACGGAAGGCCCUAGACUCCCAGCGUAAGCCAAGGCUGUUCCGCUGCAACAGCCUGCCGAGCUUGCCACAUGAUCUGUCCUAGUGAAACACUCUACAUGCACUCUGCACUACUGGACCUAGUACUGCGUGCAGCUAUGCGGCCAGCAUGCUCACGGACACCAAUGAAGUGACAGGGCACUCCUGACUAUCGUAGUCCCCUUUCGCUGGUCGUAGCUCCUAAUGACUGGUAAGCUGUCCUAGUAACUGGUGUCUCAUCGGUACACUGGCUGGAGGGAACUGUCUUUGCCUGGCAUGGACGUGAGUCGGUUUGGGCCACUGUGUGCAGAAAUGAAGCGGCAAGGUUGAACUCUCCUGUGACGUCUUGGUCCCAAAGCAGAUGUCUGAUCGCUGUUCCUGGCGUUGUAGCUUCUGCUCGGUCUAGCACUAGACAAGUGAGAUUCCUGUUCUAACUGAUUCGUGUGAAGCACUACUGACCAGCUAUACUUGUCUAUGGUGAUGGUGAUAUGUCAGUUUGUCUACAUGUGCAAAGCUAAACUGCUGCCCUACAGUCGGUCGGUCUUAUGGACCAGUCUAGCAAGAACCCAAACACACUGUAAACGGUUACCCCAUGCAUGCUGGAGAGCAGACACCAGCUUGUUAGUCACCCUGGUCAGUCACUCGAUCAGUGGACAGGAUCUCAGUCCCACUGCCUCCCUCUCUCGACUUGAUAAUAAUUAUGAAUUCAAUGUGCGCACGCGCGCAUGUGUGUGUGUGUCACGUUGUGUGUGUGUGUGCAGGCGCGCAUGUGCACGCACAUGUCUGGAUGUGCAUGUCCAUCUACUCCUGGUACAUUAUAUCACUAUUGGACUCAGUAUUUUCUCUGACUGUGCCUUGCCGUGUCAAGAUCAUGCGUAACUUUCACCAUAACUGCGUUGCCGCUGCAUUUCCGAACCAGAACCAAUUAACCAUUUUUUUCCCAGGAUCAUUUCCUGAUAAAGCUGUCCACUAUUUCCCGCCGGAAUCUAUUGCUACAUUGCUAGUUUCUCAACCUGAGAACCCCCGUGACUGGAGUUACCAGCACUACCCAAGUAGGGCGCAGUUUUGUUCGUCUGUUUCAACGAUGUAUUGCCGUGUGUGCUCGUAAUCGUAAUACAGUCUCAGUGCAUCUGUGACACAGAGCACCAUCUCCGA